UCUUGUCUUAAAUUUUCAUUCAAAACGUUAUGAUGGUAAAAAUAAAAGAAGGACGUGUCCUUUAAUGCCAUUGCAAUGUCAAACUCUAACUGGAAUCGUAGGAUUGACAAUAAUUGUCAUAAAUAAACAAUAAGGAUCCUACAUAAGAUUGUCGUUGCUUUUUCAACGGGUAACUGAUUGAAUGAUAGAAUGACAAGGGACAUUGCUUAAUGCUUAUACGGGUAAAUACAAAUCUAAAUAUUGAACUCUAAUAGUAAAUUGAACUCGGCGAUUAAUAUUUGCGCUCUCGUUUCGUAUAACUCUUAGCCAAUGCAUAAACCCAUUAGUGUCGACAUCGGCCGCAAGGUGAUAUGGAGGAUUCUUGCAUGUCAUUAACGGUGUUGAUGCGUGAUGCCACACCCUAAAUCGAAAACCCACGAUAGCGAUUGCAAAUGCAGCAUGAGAGGAUCUUCGCUACACCACACAGUGCAAUAGAGGCGGGGUAAGAAACUGGAAAUUCGAAAAUGUUCAACUUCAAGAUGCCUUUGGGCUAAAGCGAUGAAUCAGGGUGGCGGUAGGUAUUAUAAAAAUGAACGUGUGAAGUGGAAGUAAACCAGUUACGUUGGUGCCUUCAAACUGACUCCAUCGUCGGCAACAUAUUGCAUCGGCGAAAUAUUGCAUAUUCGGCUGUCAAUCAUGCGGGACUACGAUGUCAUGCUGCUGUUCGCUUUUGCCCUUUCGAUGGCUACAUCGGCGGGUACCGAUGGGUUUGUCCUCAUCUGGACACUAGACUACACAACCCCUACGCCCUACUACACCACCUCGUAUGCUGCUCCCUCUUACAGCACCAAGGCUCUCGAAUAUUAUACCACAUAUGCAGCUCCCAGCUACUACACCGAGUCUCCCAACUACUUAGUCUACUACACGACCAGAACGCCCAAAUACUACACGACCAUAUACUCCGCUACAACAUACUACACUCAAGCCAUUAAAUACUAUGCUGCUCAAAGGGGGAAAAUAUAACUUUUUGUUCGAAACUGUGGCUAUUGAAAUAAUGCAGGGAAACUUAUGAAGACAAAACCAAAAUCAUGUCUUGAGUUCUUUGAGGUAAAAAUUUGGUUGUGGGACAGCAUGCCAUUCCUGAAUUGUUAUUUCUACAGAUUCACUUGAACUUAACACCAGAGAAGGACCUGCCUUUGAUCAGAAACAGAACUGGUGAUAUCCAUAGCAAAAUAAACUGGGAGACUCGGUGUAGUAGCUGGGAGCUGCAUAUGUGGUAUAAUAUUCGAGAGCCUUGGUGCUGUAAGAGGGAGCAGCAUACGAGGUGGUGUAGUAGGGCGUAGGGGUUGUGUAGUCUAGUGUCCAGAUGAGGACAAACCCAUCGGUACCCGCCGAUGUAGC